AUGAAUCCCCAUGGCUAUUUGAAACCAACGAAAACAGUGGCUACAUGGUUGACAUUCCAGGUAACACUGCUCAAGCGGACGCUGCGUCUUCCUCCCAUCCUGCACUGCGGGAAGCCAGAUACAAACACAGGAAGAGUUUUACACGUGCGUCUUCCUCAAAGUUGGGCGCAAGUUCUGCCCUGCUGGAUCUCCUGCUGCGUCUCUGACUUGGAGGAAAUGCUGUCCUUCUGGGAUGUGGCCAUUGAGUUCUCUCCGGAAGAGAGGGAAUGCUUGAAGCCUGCUCAGUGGAGUCUGUACAGGGAUGUGAUGUUGGAGAAUUACAGCCACCUUGAUUUCCUGGGUCUUGCUGUCCCUAAGCCACACCUGGUGACAUUUCUGGAACAAAGACAAGAGCCUUCUGGUGUGAAGAGACAAGCAGCAGCCACCAAGCACCCAGGAACAAGACCCAAGAAUAAAAAUGUAUAUAACAAGGACGUUGAUUGUAACCCACUACGUAUUCAACGCCAGAGAAUUCAUACAGGGGAGAAACCCUACAAAUGUGAAGAAUGUGGUAAGGGCCUUAGUUCUUAUAAAACAUUUUCUAUACACCAAAGACUUCACACUGGACAAAAACCCUACCAGUGUAAAGAAUGUCAUAAGGCCUUCAAUACGCGCUCAUCACUUUUUAUACACCAGAAAAAUCAUACUAAUGAAAAAAACUACAAGUGUGAAGAAUGUGGCAAAUCAUUUUACUAUCCUUCAAUGCUGAAGCAACAUCAGAGAAUUCAUUCUGGAGAGAAACCUUGCAAGUGUGAAGAAUGUGGCAAAGCCUUUUAUGUUCCUUCAUUCCUCCAGGCACAUCAACGAAUUCAUGCUGUGGAGAAAUCAUACAAGUGUGAAGAGUGUGGCAGAUGUUUUUCCUUAUUUUCAUACCUUAAACAACAUCAGGUGGUUCACUCUCAAGAAAAUCCAUAUAAGUGUGAGGAGUGUGGGAAAAGGUUUUACUGUUUUGUAAAGCUUCAAGACCAUCAGAAAAUUCACACUGGGGAGAAAUCAUACAAGUGUGAAGAAUGUGGCAAAUGUUUUUACUUAUCUUCAUCUCUUCGGCGACAUCAAACAAUGCACCGUAAAGACAAACCCUACAAGUGCAAAGAGUGUGGCAGAUGUUUUUACUCAUUAGCAUCUUUUAGACGCCAUAAAAUCCACUCUGAAUAUAAUCCUUAUACAUGUGUACAAUGUGGCAAACGGUUUUCCUAUUCUAGGAAUCUUCAAGACCAUCAAACGGUUCAUACUGGAGAGAAACCAUACAAGUGUGAAGAAUGUCAGAAAGCCUUUCAUUGUCACUCGUCCCUUAGGAGGCACAAGGAAGUUCAUAAUGGAGAGAAACCCAACCAGAGUGAAGAUUGGGACAGAUGUGCUUCCUCAUCUUCACGCCUUAAACAACAUAAAAGAAAAAGGAAAAUUCAUUCUGAAGACAAUCCCUAGUAGUGUGCAGAAUGCAACAAAGACUUUGUAAAUCUUUAUAUUUUACUCAACACAUGAUAUAGUUCAUACAGCAAAAAAUCCUACAAAUGUCUUAAAAAGUUUAUUUGUUCCACCCUUAAAACACAUGAAAUGAUUCAUUCUGACUACAAAGUAUGUGAGUGUGUGAAGUGUAGUAAAAAUCUUUGCUAAAAACUCAGAUCUUAUCCCGUAACACAAGAAAUAAAAGACUGGGACUGGUAUUGGGAUUCAAAUGUCAAGCUGAUCAGAAAAGCAAAGCAGCCGGCCACUGUUUCUCACCUCUAGCUCAGGCUGAAAGGGCUCAUCCAUGAGCUCUUCACCAACCCUCAAACUGCUGCCUCUCCUCAGUGUGGCUGGAGAAUGUCUUCCUAUCUUCAGUAUGGCUGCUGAAUUAGUAUCUAUCAGUGUGACUGGAGAAUGAAUGCCUCCUACUGAGACCUAGCUCCUGUCUUAUAUUCCUCCCUAAUGCUUGGAUUAAA